GUUGCAUUUAGAAGCCCUGCAUCUUAGUGGGCCCUUUCCCCACGGUUGUGCAGUAGAUGUACUGUCAGCUUUCAUCUUCGAUGGCUCUUCGCCCCGCACCAACUUGACAAUCUAACAUACAAACAACAUUGAUCCAAAGGAAACUAAUGCAUGAUGAGGGAUCAAGAAUAUCUACCGAGCUUCUUCCCGACAGAGAUAUGGCUUCAUAUCAUCCAGCAAUGCACGGUAUCACAUUCUCUCGCCGAAAUGCUGAAAUUAUGUCGUGUAAGCAAAGACUUCAAGCUUAUGACAAUAGAGGCCAUCCUCGAGUCCGACAUGCUGAACCAUGUGGGAUACUGGGACCCUGUACGAGAACAAACCAUAUUCUACCACACGGUAGAAUAUGAUCACCGUUCAUCAUAUCCACCUCUUCUAGAGGAUGCAUCCGACGACGAUGAUACCGGCUCUGAGUCCGAAUCGCCCGAUUUGUACAUACACUUGUCUCCAUCACCUUCAGAAGACAAUCGAGAGCUAUCCGAGGAUGAGAGCUGCUCUGAGGAAGAGCUCUUCUCCUCUGAUUCAACGGUAGUCCCGAGCGACGAUUUCUGGGUCAUGUACUUGACAACCAGGACAUUGGGCAGGAUCAGGUCGAAACCACCAACUCGAGAUCAUGUUCUGCUGGCGAAAGUCGCAGAACAUAUCUACCAAUGCCAAGAACGGACAUCUUUGCAGAUAGAGUUAGAAGAUAUGGUGCGGAUAGUUUGUGAAGUAGCGGUCAAACACGCAUACAUAUACUCUCAUCCCGAUUUCUACAUCAAGAACGAGCCACCGGAAUUCGAUGCGACAGCGCUUCACUUGGAUGAGUCUUGUGGGGUUUUUCGAGACGCCCUAACGGCAAUGGCCGUCUACUUGAACGAUAUUCCUCUUCUCGAAGAAACCCUUUCCAAAGAGGAUUUGAUAUCUUGUCCCAUCCACCAAAAGCCACUAUCAACGACAGGAAACGAAAGUCGAGCAUUGCAACCGUUUCAGAGACGUAUUCCUCUGGCUGGCCGUCUAACAGUUGACACACGUGGCUUCAGGCCGCCUAAAUGCGGAAAGUCUCUAAUCAGACUUGCAAACCCAAUUAAACUUGCUGUCAAGUUGAACAGGAUGGAAUGCAUCACCAUCUUAUUGAAGAGCGUUUCCGACAGCCAACGCGAACUUGACCUGUAUAGGAAGGACAUAGUCACUGAAGUCUCUCUUCCGGAGCAGAUUGAGUUUCUUCGCAUCGCAAUUGAGUCGGGCCGGCCUCUCACGAGAUACCAAUUUCUCGCACCGUCAAUUGCGGAAAGCAUCUGGAUGUAUGGACGAACCGAUCCUUGCUCAAGAUCGCCUUCUGGUGUGAAGCUGAGCAAAAUACUUCAGUGGACAACAAAUCUUGAGGUUUUCAAUUUGGCUUACGGUGCUAUAUUGGAGGGUUACAGUGAAGAUGAAGGUGUUUGGUGGACCAAGGGCUUCUCCUCUGUGGCAGACACCUUGGCAUCUUGGGGCGUGAGAAGGCUUCAGCGCGCUGUAUUGGACGAUAGUCUGCCCAUCGUUCGAAGACUUGUAGGUUUGGGCUAUACCUUGGGUCCAACACGAAGCAUUGAGGAUUUCACGGAUGAGGAGUCUGAUGUUGUUGAUGACAUAAUUAAUGGCGAAAGGACGGCAGAUGUAGCUCUGCCAAUCGCGGUCAAAAGAGGGAAUUUGGAGAUGGUGGAACUUUUAUUUAUGGCUGGUGCGCAUAGGAAGCGCAGGAAUGUUCGGAAUGCGAUGAGAAUUGCUAUGGAGCAGGGUAACCUUGAGAUGCUUGAUGUUUUGGCAAGUCAAGGAUCUCCGGCGGGAUUAUUGAACCGAAAAGCAAAGCAGCGUUGGAAGCAAGAGUUGGAAGAUUCGGGGAGGCAGAAUAUGCUGAAAUGGUUAGAAAUGAUGUGAGAACGGGCGUUGAUUACAGACUAAUCCUUCAAUCCUUCAACUCAGUUCAGAAGAAAUUGUUAUCAAUUGAUGCAGCUGUUACCCCUCU